AUGGAGAACGGAACUGAUAUUACAGAAUUUAUUCUCCUGGGUUUUUCUGUCAUAGAUGAAUCAAGAUUUUUUCUUUUCCUUCUUAUAUUUACUGUAUACAUAGUUACUAUCUCAGCUAACAUCUUCAUCGUCAUUCUUAUUAAAAUUGAUAUUCGUCUCCAUAAGCCCAUGUACUUCUUCAUUGGUGGAUUAUCAUUUUUAGAGAUCUGGUAUCCAUCUGUUACUGUUCCUAGGCUUUUCUGGGCUAUUCUGACAAAAGAAGAUUCUAUAUCUUUUGUUGGUUGCCUGACCCAGUUUUAUUUCCACUUUUCCUUUGGUGUAAUACAACAUUUUCUUCUUGCUAUCAUGGCCUACGACCGCUAUGUUGCUGUCUGCAUCCCUUUGAGAUAUCUGUUAAUCUUGAGUCCCGAUGUUUGUUUUAAACUUCUAUGGGGUUCCUGGGUUUUUGGCUUUAUUGUAAUCAUUGUGAUCUGUCUGCAAAUCUUCAAUCUCUCAUUUUGUUUCCAUAACAAAAUCGAUCACUAUUACUGCGAUUUUGCACCCUUGGUCAAACUGUCCUGUUCAAAGACAUCAAACGUAGAAAAACUUUUUUUUGCCACUGCUUGCUUUGUAAUUUUGGGCUGUUUUCUGGUUAUUAUCAUGUCAUACGUCUUUAUCAUAAGAACCUUGAUGAGGUUUCCAUCUUCAGAGGGUAGACACAAGACUUUUUCUACAUGUGCCUCUCAUCUUGCUGUUGUUGUUUUGUUUUACAGUACAUCUAUAUUCAUGUUUAUCCGACCUAAUGCAGGUGAUCUCAUACAUUUAAAUAAAAUAUUCUCAAUCUUUCCAUCAAUUGUAACUCCUCUGCUAAACCCUCUCAUCUACACCUUACGGAAUCAAGAGGUUAAAAAUGCCAUCAAAAAAGCAGUGAAAAGGAUAGAAAUAAAACAUUUGCAUGAAGCUACAAUAAAUCCAGUUAAAGACUAAUAACGUAAACAGGAACAGCAGAAUUGAUAGUUAAUGCGUCCAUAAAACAAAAUAAACUGAUUAAGGAGCUUUUAAAGUGGAAGAAACCCCUAAGUUUAACUAUUCUUUAUUAUUAUUAUUUUUUUAAAUGCUCCUUCUCCCCCUCCUCCUUCCUCC